AUGAUUCAAGAUGAAAAGAAACACGACCUGGCUUAUGAUGCCGAUGAAGUACCAAUUGCAGUGGGAGCUGUUGAAAACACCAGCAGCAACCAUGGCCUUCAGCGAAAAUUAAAGCCCCGUCAUCUCCAAAUGAUUGCUAUCGGUGGUGUAAUUGGUACAGGUCUAUUUCUAGGGACUGGCAGCGAUCUUGAGAAUGGAGGCCCCGCGGGCUUGCUUCUUGGAUACUGUAUCAUGGCCUCUCUAUUAUAUUCGGUUAUGGUUGCUUUGGGUGAAAUGUCUUCCCAAUUUCCGGUUCCUGGGGGUCAAUUCGCUCUCGCGGGUCGAUUUAACUCCCCAGAACUUGGAUUUGCGAUGGGUAUACUAUUUUGGUUCAAUUAUAUUGUUGUUCUUCCGGCGGAGAUUUCUGCAGCUGCUGUUAUAAUUACCUACUGGACCCCAGCAGGACAGGAGGAUUCCACAUGCACGGCUGGAAUAUGCAAUAAUGCGAUGUGGGUGGGAUUGAUGUUGAUAGUGGUGUUUCUGGUGAAUUAUGCGGGAACUCGUGUUUUUGGCGAAAUGGAAUUCUAUUUCUGCUCGAUCAAGGUCAUCACGAUUCUCGGCUUGAUCAUCACCGGAAUUAUUAUCAGUGCUGGUGGCGGCCCCGAUCACGAAGCUAUUGGUUUCAAAUUCUGGCGAGAAACCGGUGGCUUCGUCCAAUAUGAGGGAAUUGCUGGAGCCAAAGGACGUUUUCUCGGCUUUUUCAGCGUCUUGAUAAAUGCUGCAUUUGCAUUUAUCGGCACCGAAAUAACUGCGAUUGCAGCGGCGGAGACAUCUGAUCCCCGAAGAAAUGUCCCACGAGCAAUAAAGAGUGUCUGGAUUAGGCUUGUACUGUUUUAUCUAUGCAGUGCCUUCCUAAUUGGUCUGCUUGUUUCUCCGACAGAUCCAUCAUUAAACCUCUCUUCAACCGCCGCUAAGAGCCCCUUUGUCAUCGCUAUCGAGAAUGCGGGAAUCUCUGUCCUGCCAUCUAUUAUCAACGCAGCUAUCUUGACUAGUGCUUGGUCUGCAGGCACGGCGGAUCUCUUUGUCUCGUCACGCACAUUGUAUGGCCUUGCUGCACGAGGCCAUGCCCCGAAGAUAUUCCUCAAAACCCGGAAGGACGGAUUUCCUUGGGUUUGUUUUGUUUUCUGUGGGGCAUUUGCGCUGCUCUCAUUUAUGGCUGCCGCCAAGGGCGAGGCUGGAACGGUCUUUGGUUAUUUCUCCAACAUGACUGCGAUGUGCGGGAUGAUAUCCUGGACUGGCAUUUUGUGGACAAGCAUCCGAUGGAAUAAAGGCCUCAAAGCACAGGGCAUCGACCGAAAAACUCUACCUUAUAGGGCCCCCUUUCAGCCUUACCUUUCCUACUAUGGAAUGACAAUCUGUAUCAUGGUCAUCAUCUUCGGAGGCUUCGGCGCCUUUAUUCAUACUUUCGAUGUUUCGUCAUUUAUUACGACCUACUUCCCGGUGCCCCUAUUUGCAGUUCUGUUCUUCGGUUACAAAAUGAAGAAUAAAUCCAAGAUGAUCAACUACGUUGACAUGGACUUCUUUUCUGGAUCCUCAAUUGAUGUGAAAAGUGAGGAGCCACAGACUAUGUGGCAAAAGAUAUCCGAGAGAAUUUAG